CAGAAGAGCUAAGCGACGAGAGAGAAGCUGCAGUUGGGAGUUCCGUGCAGUGAUGGAACAGGAUGACCGAAAGCUGCUGGGGGGUUUCAAGACUUGCACUUUUUAAGUGCCAUCCACAGUUGAACUCCUGGAUUUCUUGAUAUUUCUCCUCUUAGAUGAAAAACAAGCUACUGACUCUAGGAGAGAAAAGCUGCAUUGAAAGCAGCCUCCCCAUCUUUCUGCCUGUCUCUGUCACCCUCCCUCACACUCUUCCUUUCUCCCUUUCUAUCUUUUCUUUCCCUUCAAUUUGUUUUGUGCGUGUCUUUUCUCUUUCCUUCUGUACAGUUGUAUUGCUGUGAAGGUAGUGGUUUUUAUCUGUCUUUCCAAAUAAUGGGAAGGGUCCCAGUGCUGGAGACACUUAAAUAAUAUGGGCCACCUGUCCAAAGAGAAAGAUUCUCUACAGGAAUUUACCAGGAUUUUACUGAAUCACAGCACUUUCCAUGGGAUUAAGUACAUUUUCUCAGGACGGCUCUCCUGCUCACGCCGGAUCAUAUGGUUGUUGGCGUUUAUGAUAUCUCUAGGUCUUCUUUUCACAUGGUCUUCAAACAGACUUAGGUAUCUUCUGUCGUCCCCAGUUCAUACUAAGGUCCAUGUAGUAUAUGCUAAGAACCUGACAUUCCCGGCUGUCACUAUAUGUAACAACAACUUGCUACUAUUGCGACGGAUGACCAAGUCAGACCUAUACUUGACUGGCUACUGGCUUGGAUUACUUGAUGAGAAGCUGAAGGUUCGACCAGUAGCUAGAGAGAUUUUGAAUGAUGAGCGCUGGAAGUGGUUGGAGAAGUUCUUGGAUUUCUCAUUCUACCUGCCCCCUAGGGAUAAGGACAAUGUUAUGUUUCACCUUAUAGACCGCCUCGGACAUCAGAUUGAGGAAAUGUUGUUAGAAUGCAAAUUCCAGGGAGAUUUGUGUGGACCCCAUAACUUCUCAACAGUGUUCACCAGAUAUGGCAAAUGUUACACCUUUAACUCAGGGCGAGAUGGAAAACCCAUAAAGACCACUAUGAAAGGUGGGACUGGCAACGGCCUGGAGUUGAUGUUGGAUAUUCAGCAAGAUGAGUACCUCCCAGUGUGGGGUGAGACAGAUGAAACAUCUUUUGAAGCUGGGAUAAAAAUCCAGAUUCACAGUCAGGAAGAGCCACCGUUUAUUGACCAGCUAGGAUUUGGUGCUGCUCCAGGGUUCCAGACGUUUGUAUCCUGCCAAGAACAAAGGUUGAUUUACCUUCCCCCACCUUGGGGUGACUGCAAAUCCACACCAAUUGACUCUGAUUUCUUCGACACAUACAGUAUAACAGCUUGUCGAAUAGAUUGUGAAACAAGGUACCUUGUGGAAAACUGUAAUUGUCGGAUGGUACAUAUGCCAGGGGAUGCACCAUACUGUACUCCUGAACAAUACAAAGAAUGCGCUGAUCCUGCAUUAGAUUUCCUGGUGGAGCGGGAUAGUAGUUACUGUGUGUGUGAAACACCGUGCAAUAUGAUCAGAUACAACAAGGAACUGUCUAUGGUGAAAAUUCCCAGUAAGGCAUCAGCCAAGUACCUUGCGAAAAAGUACAACAAAUCCGAGCAGUAUAUUGCAGAGAACAUUCUUGUGCUGGACAUUUUCUUUGAGGCAUUGAACUAUGAAACCAUUGAACAGAAGAAGGCUUAUGAAGUGGCAGGAUUAUUAGGUGACAUCGGUGGUCAGAUGGGCCUCUUCAUAGGUGCCAGUAUUCUAACAAUAUUGGAACUGUUUGACUAUGUCUAUGAGGUGCUAAAGCACAAAUUUUGUCGACUUUUCAAAUGUAAAAAGCAGCAUAGGAAGAACAACAAUGACAAAGGAGUAACGCUGAGCUUGGAUGAUGUGAAACUUCAUAAUCCAUGUGAGAGUAUAAGGGGGCACCCAGCGGGCAUGACAUACACAGCAAACAUUCUACCUCACCACCCAGGCCGAGGAACCUUUGAAGACUUUACCUGUUGAUGCAGCACAAAGGAACGGAAUGUCAGGGAUUUCCAAGGAGAAUGGAAUCACCCAAAGGGAUAUGAGAGAUGCACUACCCAAACUACCAAAGUCGUGUAGGAAAAGGAAAACAAAGCAGCCUUUGGCAGGCGUGGCAAGUGAACAAUAUAGCAGUUCACAGGAACACUCUUUGGCGAUUCUUGCAUAGUUAAAGAAACUUUGUGGAAGAAAGGAAGAAAAUAUUUUACUUUGAUUUCAAAUCAUAUUACAGGUUUUAUAUCAAUUUUAUAUUCUCAGAUGACUGUGAAUGCCUCGUUAGAUUCCUACAGUUGUCUUGCCUAAAAGUUUAGCAGUUAUGUUUGACAUUUUGUGCUGUUAUAUACCAUGACAUUUAAAAUGUAUCUUUGCUAGAAUGCUGUUAGUACAUACCAUGGUACCCAGGCUAGCCAGCCACCCUCCUUGGGAUUGUAUGCUUUGUUUACCAUCUAGAGCACUGACAUUUACCCAAGAUGCACCAUUUUAUGAGCAGAACAAAUCUGGUUGUCAGCAUUCACUUAAAUACAAUGCAUACGUAACUUUCAAACAGCACUGAGCUAUUCCAUUUCUUGUUUCAGAAUGUUUCAUAGACAUUUAAUUAAGAUACCAACUCACCUAGGACAUAUAUGAGAGAAACAUCAUGUACAUUUUGCCUAAAGUCUUUCUGAAUAAAAAAAAAAUUCAAAACAUGUUUGAUAAUCACAGUGGUGUGAAAGCGACCGAAGGGACUACAGUUACAUAGCAGUGUGGUGAACAUGAAUGUAGUCUUGGACAGACAAUGUAAGAUCUGAUUAGCAGAGCUGCUAUAAAAUCAUGACGCACUGAAAAUACAAACAGUUUGUCAAAGAUGGUGACUCUGAUGUUUGAGACAAUCUACUAGUGUCCUAGUAAGAAAGCAUGCAGUUACACAAUAAAAAGGGUAAUACAGGCAAACUGUGAAACUAA